AUGCGCUUCGCGCUGCUCAGUAUUCUGCUGGUUGUAGCGACCGCUCAACAGAACGGCAAAGAUCCUAUUAAGAACGUUUGUCGACGUCACAAGCAUCAGACAUGUAUCAUCGACUCGAAGCUCUAUAUAGAUGGCGGGCUGGCUUACUAUGGAGGUUCAAAAGAUAACGGCAGUGUUGCUGAAAAGAAUACCUAUCUUUUGUGGGAAGAUGUCUCGAACGCAACGAAGACUGAGUUCAACUUUCCAGACCAAUACGCUAACUUGUCCAAGGACCCAGAAGUUCCCUCUGUAAGCGGAGGUGUACUGUGGCCUGACCCUGUAAACAAGCUCUUUUACCUCUUUGGUGGCGAGUAUGGUGAUACCAACGAGGUGAAGAGGAGAGAUGGUCAAGGCAGUGGCUUCACGCUGUGGUUUUACGAUACCAUCUACGAUUCCUGGAACAAGUCGAAGCGCCAUGGGUCACAAGACGGUAUCCGAUGGCCCGCACUCGGUGCUGGUGCAGUAUCGGACGCAGGAGACGCAUACUACUAUGGCGGAUAUUUGACCAACACAUCUGACUUCAGAACUGAUGGUCAGCCUGUCAUGCAAAACGGCUUGAUAACAUACAACAUGGACAGCCGACAAUGGACCAACCAAACUUGGGAUGAGACACCCCGCGCAGAGGGAUCGCUACAUUAUCUACCCGCUUCCGAAGGUGGCAUGCUCGUAUACUUUGGCGGCCUCGAGACAGAUCAGUCGAAUGGUAACGUUACCUAUCAAAUUUAUCUUUACGACAUUGCAAACCCAAGGUGGUACACGCAGACGGCCACUGGCGACGUGCCACUGUCAAGACGCGGGUUCUGCACAGGCGUAGUCUGGGCGAAGGAUAAGUCUUCCUAUAACAUCUACCUCUUUGGCGGCUUUGGAAGCCCCAAUGGUACCGGACUCGGCGAUCUAUAUGUACUAUCCAUCCCAUCUUUUCAGUGGAUUCUGAUAUGGCCAACCCCACAACAGUUCAUCUUUCCGGGAGGAAAAGGGUGGUCCUCGUGCAAUGUGUUCCGCGAGUCGCAAAUGAUUAUCAUUGGCGGCUCCCUUACAAACACCUCCGUCGUAGAUUGCGACGCUCCGAAGAUUGGCGGCCAACAUGGCAUGUUUCUCGGUCAAGAGAAUGUAGAGCAAGGUGGUGAUACGGGUCCGGCGUGGUGGCAUGCGCCCGUGGACAAUAUCACUGGAUAUCGAGUUCCAGAUCAGAUUGUUGCACGCAUUGGCGGCGAUACAGCAGGCCACGCUGCCUCUACAGUGCCCGCAAUGGGCUGGGCGACACAAGAUCUAGCCAAAUACCUCGGAACCACAUUCUCUGCUCAGGCACGGACAACGAUGAGCGGUAGGGUAAUACCCACGACAUCAGCAAGCGCUACGCCAUCACCGAAGAAAACAAACACCGGUGCGAUAGCAGGAGGCGCAGUUGGCGGUGCAAUUGUGCUGAUCGCCGUCAUCGCUGGUGUCUUCUUCUGCCUCCGUCGCAGACGAAAUACUCAGGGACAGAGUCAACCAUCUGAACUGGGAGGGACGCCCAAUCCUCGCAGCCCCGACAUGGCCCGGAAAUCAGUCGCAACUAGCUCAGUACUUCAAGGCAGCACUCUCCACUCACCCUCGCCCCACACACCAGCAUUCUAUCCCCAGGGUUCACCGCUACCUGCGUCUAACCCUUGGCGCGGCGAAAUGCAUAUCCCAAACUCGCACUACCAAGGUCCACCGAGUCCACAGCAUCAAGAGUCACCAUCAUCGCAUCAUCCGUCUGGGGACUGGGGACAGCAUGGUAUCCACGCACAGGGUAGUUAUCCGUAUCAACAGACAUACUAUCCUGUACCACCGGAGCCUUCGACGUCGCCGACUAAGGAGCGUCAUGCGUAUACGACGAGUGUGGAGUUGCCGAAUGUUAGAAGCCCGGCGAAUGCGGUAGCGGAGAUGGCGGAGGCGAGGAGUCCUUUGCCUAAGCAUUAA